AACGCCACCUGCAGACGACCCAUUUGGGAAUAUUUUUUUGGAAUAGAUGGGAAACAGGUUUAUGCGUUUUCUGUUACCGCUUUAAAGUUGGCAAUUUUUGUGUGGCAACUUUUUUGUCAGUGACGGAACAAAUUAAAAUUUCAAGUAUUAUACAAUCUAUAAAGUUUAAACGCUUGGCUAUUCCGUUUUGUUAGGAACUGUGGUAUUGUUGUGCAUGAUUUGUGAUGUUUACAUUGUUAACAUUUGUGUUAGUCAGUGUCAAUAAUUUGGGUGUAGUCCACAUGUAAACGCUACUAUACACAAAUAAUUGACAAACGGAUUAUUAAAAUUACAUAUUAGUAAUUAUGGACCACUCUAGACCACCGCCGAUUGGGUUUGAGCUUCAGGGUGCAGAUCAAGCACAGAUUGAUGUAGGGUUUAAUCAGCCUCCACCACAAGGAAUAUAUCAGAUAGUGGUAAGAGAGGUGACUCCAUCCACUCAACCACUUUAUCCAAAUCCUCAUGACCAGACAGAAGUGCCCAUGCCACCACCAGCACCCAUUGGAUUUGAAGGUCAAAUGACAGAUUCUAAUGGACGUGGUAAUGGUACUGCAGAGGCUGAUGAUUAUAAAGGCAAUCAACAGAAAAGACCACUCGAUCUAGGACCAGUUAAUGAGGAAGAGAAAUUGAAUGUAACUGAAGAUGAUAAUGAAGAUUCCUCACUUAUACAAUCUAAAAGUCCAAAGAAGGUUAUAAAUGAGAUAGCUACAUUAUACUUUCGGGACAAGAAGAGUAAAAUAGAUUAUGUCCUCGCUUAUGAAGAUGAACAAGAUGAAAAAAAGAAGGAAAGACGAGCAACAUUCCAGGAAAACCUUCAGGAGGAAGGACUUAUUCUGGAAUUUGAAGAAAAAGAGAAUUCCAUAAACAAGAAGACAAGUUUUGUGAAGGUCCAUUGUCCAUGGGAGCUUCUGGCUAAGUAUGCUGAAAUAACCAACAUGAAGAUGCCUUUAUUGGAGAAUGAUAUGGAUGAAGAAUUAACAGGAUUUGUGGAGCACUGUUUCUCCUAUCUACCAUCUCCAUUUGAGCUGAGUAAAGACAUUAUACAGGAUGAACCAAACUACUUCACAGCUCCUUUCAACAGAGAUCGAGUUGACCAAAAUGGUGUUGGAAAAUAUGCAUAUAGAUACAAAUUUAUAAUAAAGGACAAGGAUACAUUCUUCACCAAUGCCCAGAGAAGUAGAAUUGUUUAUGAGAUUUUAGCCAGAACAUGGUUUGAACAUGACAAGAAAGGCAAAAAGAGGAUUGGUAUAGAUUGUUUAGGAGUGUCAAAUAUGGUGAAUAAUGGAUCAUACACAGCUGCCUUUCCUCUCCAUGAUGGUAGAUACCUCAGUGAACAUUCUAUCCUGGCCAGUGGUAAAGAUAAUGAUAGACAUCUGCUGUAUGAAACAUGGGCCAAGCCAGGUGUUUGGUACAAAUAUCAGCCUCUAGAUCAUGUCAGGACGUAUUUUGGAGAGAAGAUAGCUAUAUAUUUUGCCUGGCUGGGAUAUUACACAUCAGCCUUGUUUCCCGCAGCAGCUUUAGGAUUAGCAGUGUUUAUUUUUGGCCUUGCUACAUUUAUGGAUGACAAACCAAGUAAUGACAUCUGUGAUCCCAAUGGAGCAGGAAACUUUACAAUGUGUCCUCUGUGUGAUGGUCGGUGUACGUACUGGAAGCUUGAGAGUAGCUGUAGAUACUCCAGAGCUACAUACCUGUUUGAUAACUAUGGCACCAUGAUAUUUGCUGUAGUUAUGGCUUUAUGGGCAUCAUUCUUCCAAGAGUUCUGGAAGAGGAAGCAGCAUGAGUUAGAGUAUGACUGGGAUUGUGCAGACUUUGAGUCAGAAGAGGAAACUCUGAGACCAGAGUUUGAAGCUGCUAUAAGCAACAGAAGAACACAUCCAGUCACAAAGAGAGAAGAGCCUUUUGUUCCUUCGUACAGUAAAUGUAUCAGAUAUGGGACCACUCUUGGUAUUAUAGUGUUCUUUUUAUGUGUUGUUUUGGCAGCAGUAUUUGGUGUUAUUCUCUACCGUGUAGUGAUCUCAGGAGUUCUUUACGCCAGCACAGAUGGCGUCAUCAAAUCAAGGGCAACAAUUAUAGCAUCAGUAACAGCAGCAUGUAUUAAUUUUGUCAUCAUCUUAAUACUUAAUUUUGUAUAUGGAAGAAUAGCUUUAUUCCUUACUAAUUUAGAGCAACAUCGUACACAGACAGAAUGGGAAGAUGCCUUUACAUUUAAAAUGUUCCUCUUCCAGUUUGUCAAUUACUACUCAACUGUUGUUUAUAUUGCCUUCUUUAAGGGGAAGUUUGUAGGACGACCUGGAGAUUAUAACUACAGUUUGUUGGACAAAAGACAAGAGGAGUGUGAUCCUGCUGGUUGUCUGAUAGAAGUCUGUAUACAGCUUGGUAUUAUCAUGGUUGGAAAGCAAGCUCUCAAUAAUUUCAAAGAAAUUCUUUUACCAAAAAUAAUGGUGUGGUUUAAAUCAAGAAAAGCUAAGAAUGAGGAGAAGAAAGAAGACAUUGUAUAUUCCAGAUGGGAGCAGGAUUAUAAUUUAGCUGAUCAACCAAAGAUGGGAUUAUUUGAUGAAUAUUUAGAAAUGGUGAUCCAGUAUGGAUUUGUGACCAUAUUUGUAGCAGCCUUCCCAUUGGCUCCAUUAUUUGCCUUACUUAAUAAUAUAAUAGAAAUCAGGUUGGAUGCCUACAAGUUUGUUACUCAGUGGAAGAGACCAAUGGCAGCCAGAGCUCAGGAUAUUGGUAUUUGGUUUGGUAUCUUGAGAGGUAUUUCUGCUGUUGCAGUAAUAACAAAUGCAGCCAUCAUAGCUUUCACUGCAGAAUUUAUUCCAAAGAUGGUCUACCGUUAUGCACACAGUGAAAAUGAAUCAUUAGAGGGAUAUAUGAACUAUUCUUUGUCUGUGUUCAAUGUUGCUGAUUUCCAGAAAAAGAGUAUACCAAGUGAAAUUCCUCCAGAGUUAGGAAACGUGACACAAUGCAGGUUCCGUGGAUUUUAUGAACCUGCUGGACCACAUGAAUACCAGUUUACCAUGGCCUACUGGGAAGUUUUGGCAGCUAGAUUGGCUUUUAUUGUUGUGUUUGAGAAUUUGGUGGUGUUUUUGACAUGGCUGGUUAUGUACCUUGUACCAGAUAUACCAUAUAAGGUUAAAAUGCAGAUGUUGAGAGAGAACUUCCUGUCCAAAGAAGCUCUGUAUCGUGCUGAGUCCAUCAAGUUGAGCCCAAUGAGAGGUGGAGGAGGGACUGAUAAUGAUACAAAUGUUACAGAUAGAACCAUUUUCUAAUGAAUUCUGUGAAUUUACAUCAGUUAACUGAAUUAUAUAGUCUUUCUUUUAGGGUACAAAAACCAUUGCAAUUUUAUAUUCAUUAGAGAUCUUUGGUAAUUUAGCGUCUUCCUAAAAUGAUUGAAACAAACCAAAAUUGAAUUUUUGAUAAUGUAUUAAGCAUUUGCAUAAUUUUCUAUGGGUUAUAUAUAAAAAGCUAACCUCUAAAUUAACUAACUUUAUUUUGCAAUUGUCUUGAAAUCUCGAAAGAAAUUGUGAUAGCUGUUUUACAUUGACAAGCUGCUGUAGAUAAAAUACUUUUGAGCAUUGAAAUAUUUGCCACUGGACAUUAUUCAUUUAAAAAAAAUUCAAUCAAUGAAACAUUAGUAAAUCGUGCAUUAAAAGGAUUGUAGUUUAGUAGAUAAAACAUGCUUAAUAAAUAGUGCUAAAUUAUAAUUUCUUAUAAUGAUCAUGGAGAAAUACUAUGCCAGAAAAUAAACAGGGUCAAAAUAUAGUCCCCCUUAUCUUUAGAUUAACUAUAUUUGUUUUAAAUACAUACAUUGUUCUAUGAAAAAAAACCAAAAACAUGUUGAUACUUUUAAUGACAAUUUAAAAUGUUUGUUAAUCAGCGAGAAAACAUUGUGCUGAUUGUUUUACUUUUUUUUUGAGAGAGAAAAAUAUUUGUCAAUGACGAACCAUGUGUUUUUCUAUUUUGGAAUCAAAUCGCUGAAUUAUUUAUUUUAUGUGACAAAAUCAAGAAAAAUUCAAGAAAGGGAAUCAUAAAUUUAAAUCUUCCUUUUUUUAUUAUUAAGUAGAAAAUUUGUUUUGAAAAUUAAAAAUAAAAAUUUUAUAUUAUCAGAAUAAGUAUAUAAAUGAUUAAUAUAGGAGUUUGUUUCUUAAUAUAUUCAUUUACCAUUUUGUGCCAUCUUUUUCUAUAAAGCUCAACAUCUCAUAUUACUUCCAUCUUCAUUUAUUUAUUAUUUUAUACUGGAAAAGCAGGGAAAUUGGCAAAGUUUUUUUUUCAUUUUUCAUGACAAAGAUAUUUUCAUGAAAUGAAAUCUUGUAAACAUCUAUGAUAUUAGAGAUCAUGAAAAUAACAUUUGAAAAUUCAAACAUUUGACACUAGUUCCUUUGAAAUGACAUGUUUUGUAAUAAUUAUUUUUGUAUGUACAUGUUAGUUUAUAAGAUUUUCAGUAGUUAGAUGUAUAUACUUGUAUAGUAGAACUUUUUUUAUAAUGAUGUGAUUGUCUAUUCUUGUCAAUUAUGAAUGUGUUUUUUUCCUAAUUUUUGUUUCUCCACUUAGUAAAACGGGUAAUUUUUAAAAUUUGAAUUGUUUAAAUAUUUCAACACAGAUGGAAAGACACUUUCAAAAUAUGUUUUUAUACCUGUUUUAUAAUAUUUAAAUACAGUGGUAGUAUAACAGGAAAAAAAUUUGUUUAUAAGAAUAUUCUACAUCUUAAAAUGUUAAUAGUGCUUUGAAAAAAUAUCAUAGUUUACUAUGAUGGUGCAUAAUGUAUGUUUAGUUAUAAGGUUGUACGCCAUAUCUUUAUGUACAUACUGUCAUGUUCUAGUCUUAUCUAUUUAAUGUAACCAUUUGUGCAAAAUACAUUACAAAUAUAUGUCUUGUGUAAUUGUGUAAUGUCAAGCAUGUCCAGUGUUUAUUUGUUAUUGUUGAAAAAAAUUUAUACAUUUAUUUCAGUACACCUAAAUUUCUGUUCACAACAAAAUUAAUAUUUUUUUGUAUUCAUUCACAUUUCAAAUUGUUUUAUGGAAUCUUCUAAAAUUCAAAGUUCAGCUCUUUGUUUGAUAUGAAGUUAUUUUCUUUUAAUGAAAUUAAUGUCCUACUGUGACCUUCACCUGUUUAUUUACACUAUAUGGGAUAAAGUCUUACAUAUAUAUACAUAAACAUCAUUUUUGGUAAAAUUUUAAUCAUUAGACUAUAAAGUGGAAUAUAACUUAGUAUAGAUAUUUGUACACAUAUUUAUUAGGUGCACUUUGGGAUUAACUGGUUGCACAUGUAUAUGACAUACUGUACACAUUAUAUCUACUUUAUUAUACAACAGCUUUUUAAAAUAUUUUCACAACAUUUGGUCAACAGUAUUUAUCCAUCGUCCCAGGGAGACUUGUCCAUCCAUUGUAUUUGUUAGGGUAUAGAGGACACCUUAGGGUAUACGAUGAUUUCUUUUUAUACAUUAAUUGUUCAAUGAAAACUCUCUUACAUUUCCUGAUUUUGUACUUAUCAUUGAUGAUGGUAUUGGUGUCAUUGGUAACACAGCUAGUUUUUAGAAUGAUUAAUUCAGUAUAUUUGUAGAGACUUGAUUGAAGUAGAUUUAGUCUAAAUACUUAUUCUAUGCCUUCACUUUUAUAAAACCAUAUGAUCUGACAAAAUUAAUUUUUGAACCAUUCUUUUCAUGGUGCAGCUACAAAUAUUUGUACUCUCAGCGAGAAAAAAAAGGAUUGGAUUGUUAGGAAUGACUUUACAAAACUAUUUGUGAACAUAAAUUGGAUGGCAUUGAUACAUUUUUUUGUAGUUAUUAUAUUUAAUUAGGUUUUUUAAGUACUAAGAAGCUUUAGGCAUUCAGUUGAGCAAAAUAAACUGGAUAUUAGUGUUUUUUUUAAGAUGCAGUUAUGUGCAAUUAUUCUGGUUGUUGAUUAUUUAUUACACUUUUCAUACUUUAUGUUCUAUGUUUUAUCUGUUAUAUUUUUCUCUUUCAUGUUUGAAAUAUAAGUCCAACAGUAUGAUCAAAAGAGAAAGUGUAUUUUUAACAGACUUAAGACUUGCAGAUAUAGUUAUAGAACUUAUAAAACAUCAAUAUAGAAUUACUUAUGCUUUAUCAUAGCUUUAGUUCUUAAACAAUUCUGCUAGUUUCAGAGCUAAUUUCCUUAUGUUUGUAGAGUAAAACUUUUGUUGGCUUGGUUGCUUUGUUUCAUAGCUUAAACAAUUCUACAAACAUAGCAAGCAAGCUAACCAAAGCCUUACUCUACAUAAAGUAGGAAAUAAGCUCUAAUCCGUUAAAGAUUAUCUUUCAUUUAUUGGGCCAUGAAUGAUCAAAGUGACCUUGAUAUAUAUAAUGUGCUAUUUUGUUAUUUAUUUAAUCAAAUAAAAGUAUUUUUCUGAAAAA